AUGAACGGCAACGCGCAGACGCAGACGAAGAAGCGGAAGUGGGAGGACGGGGAAGAGCGCGUAGACUCCGCCGCCACUGGUUUCUUCGAAGCAUUAGUGGAGGCUGGCGUCAAGUAUUGCUUUGUGAAUCUGGGGAGUGACCAUCCCGCCAUGCUCGAGGCGAUGAUCAAGGCGAAACAAGACAAUUCGAUUAAAUUUCCGACCAUCAUCACAUGUCCCUCCGAAUUGGUUGCACUGUCCGCUGCUUUGGGUUAUGCGCAGGUGACAGGUUCCCCACAAUGCGUGAUUGUCCAUGUUGACUGCGGAACCCUGGCCAUGGGCCAAUCCAUCCACAAUGCCUCUGUGACCCGCGUGCCGGUCCUGUGUUUUGCGGGAUUAAGCCCCUUUACCGACAGUGGGGAGAUGCUCGGUUCGCGAACGGAGUUUAUCCACUGGUUGCAAGAUAUCCCCGAUCAGGCAUCCAUCCUCCGGCAGUACUGCCGCUACACCGGUGAGAUCCGCACGGGCCGCAACAUCAAGCAGAUGGUGUAUCGCGCCAUGCAGUUCGCCAUGUCCGAUCCAAAAGGGCCAGCGUAUCUGACGGCCGCACGAGAGGUCUUGGAGGAGCAAGUGGAAAUCCCCGAUCUAGGAAAUGAGCUCAUGGGCCCUGUCACCUCCUGUGUGCUUCCAGAUCCCGAGGUCGAGCGCAUCGCCGCCGCGCUGAUGGAGGCCAAGCGCCCACUGAUCAUCACAGGCUACAUGGGCCGGAACCGACGGGCACCCCCGCUCCUGGCAGAACUCUGUGAUAAGCUACCCAUCAGCGUGCUGGAAACCGUCGGCUCAGACCUGUGUAUCCGCAGUGAUCAUGAGGCGUACCUGGGGGUGACCGUGAGUACGCAUCCAGCUGUAGGCCAGGCGGAUGUUAUUCUGGUGAUGGAUUGCGAUGUUCCCUGGGUUCCGACGGCAGGAAAGCCUGCCGAAGGAACGAAAGUCUUCCAUCUUGACGUGGAUCCCCUGAAGCAGCAGAUGCCAGUCUUUUUCAUGCAGGCAAUCCGGCGGUACAAAGUCAGCUGUGAGCUGGCGCUGCAGCAGCUCAACGCGUUUCUGGAUAAGCAGCAGCUCGACCGUGGCAGAUACGCCGAGGGGUUUGAAGCACGCGCACAGCGCUACAAGAACUGGCGACAAAGCCUACAGUCUCUUGAAUCACCGACGGAUGAUAUCGUCACCGUCCCUUACCUUUCCUCCAGACUGCGCCACCAUCUCCCCGAAGACAGCACCAUCGUCAUUGAAGCCGUUACGAACGCCAUCCCAAUCAUCCACCACCUGAGCCUAACCAAGCCUGGAACCCUCUACGGCAGCGGCGCCGGCGGUCUAGGCUGGGGCGGCGGUGCAGCAUUAGGCGUUAAGCUAGCAAAACAAGACUCAUUCAUCUGCGCUAUCGUCGGCGACGGCGUCUACCUCUUCUCCCAGAUGGAGUCGGUCUACUGGAUCGCGCGCCGCUACAACGUCCCCUUCCUACUGAUCGUGCUGAACAACGGCGGGUGGAACGCGCCCAAGGUCUCUGCGUUGCUGGUGCACAAGGACGGGUUGUCGUCCAAGUCGAACAGAGGAGACUUGAAUAUCUCAUUCGAACCCUCGCCGGAUUAUCCCGGGAUUGCCUCCGCCGCUGGCAAUGCCUGGGGGGCGACGGUGUCUGCCGUGAAGGAUGUCGAUAGCACGCUGCAGAGCGCGGUCAAAGUGGUCCAGGGAGGCAGAUGUGCGGUUGUCGAAGUCCGGGUGCCAUCGAUGUGGCCGGAGAAUUGA